AUGACUUCUUUUCAAAUUCUCUAUCAGCCCCGAGCUGUUAUACAUCUCCUGACUGUGUGCUUACUUCUGGAGACGGCCUAUGGUGAGGACAAUUGGAUCAAUCUACUUUCAAUAGAUAUUAAUGUUUCUCUGAUAGAUGAGGCAAAUAAGCUUGAAGUAAAACUCACAAUUCAAAAUAAUGUGAAAAAAUGUAUGGUGGUGAAAGUCAGUAUUGAGGACAAUCCAAACAUUACAUACCUUUCAGCUCACGCAACUUACACUGCUUGCAUUUGUAGCUUAAACAACUACUUCUGGGACAUUCAAAUCUCUGCAAAUACUGUCUUAAUAGGAAAGGCAGAAGUUGUUACAACUGAGAACAUAUGUCCUGAUGAUGAAGACAUAUUCCCAGUAACUUCCUACACAACGACUGUUUCACAUGAAAUCCUUGUAACAACAUGA